CACAGCCUAUUUGACAAUAACAUUUCGGCUGUUUCGUUGGCGUCAUAAUUUGAUCGAGUCGUUUGCGGCCGGCAGCCGCGUCAUACUCUGUUCAACGAUUGUCGAAUUUUCGGUCACGCUCUCGAGUUAAAUUUUUUUAAAUUGUUUAACGUCGUUAACAACGCUUUAUUGUUUUAACCCAAUCCGUUUGGCGAUCACACGUCGAUUACCAUUAAUAUUUUUCAGUUAAUCGUUAUUCGUUACAGUCGGAGUCGGGCGAUCCGUCGUUUUAUCGCUAGGUAACUAUUGCGUUACACAAGUCUCGAGUUCUACUCACGAGUAGAAAGCACUCCACCGUACGUUUGGAGCGGACAGCCGGACAACGGGAAUAUGUACGAGUUACCGAGCCUUGUGAAGACGGCGUAUUACGCUUGCAACAAGAUUGAGCGCGCCAAGUAUGACCUGUUGAGAACACGGCACGCCGAUUUGCGAAGGUGUUGCGAGUUUCUGUUCAUACUAUUCAAAGCCGACAGAAACACAGACGAGGACGACGGCAGGGAGACAAUGUACAGCAGAUCGUCAUUGCCCAGAAGGUUUCUUAAAGUGUGCGAGGUGGCAGCGUUGUACGGACACAUCGAUUGUCUGAGACUCGCUCGUGCAAUCGGCGUCCCUUGGGAUGACCAUUGCAAUGUUAUUAUUCAACAUACUACCAUUGGUGGCGUGAUAUUAGGUUCAGCGUGCGAAAUGGCUGCGAUAUCGGGCAGUGUGGACUGUCUACGGUAUGCACGGGACAACGGCAGCCCGUGGGACAAACAUACGUGUGCCAAUGCCGCGGAGUACGGCCAUUUGGACUGUCUCGUGUACGCACGGGACAACGGAUGUCCUUGGGACAUUUUUACGACCUACCUCGCCGCUCUUAACGGGCACAUGAAUUGUCUCGUCUAUGCACGGGAGAACGGAUGUGAAUGUGACGAGGUGACGUGCCAGGGUGCCGCGUUGCACGGUCAAAUUGACUGUUUGCGGUAUUUACAUGAAAAUGGCUGCCCGUGGGAAGAGGAUACGUGUACCAAUGCCGCGAUGAACGGUCACAUAGAAUGCUUACGGUAUGCACAUGAUAACGGCUGUCCGUGGGACGCGGAUACGUAUGUCGCCGCCUUGAACAAUGAACAUUUUGACUGUCUCAAUUACGCAUUGGCUAAUGGGUGCCAGAUACCAAUGCGCUAUCGCAAUGUGGACAACGGUUGAGUAGACAGGCGUUUUUCGGACGAGGACAGUGUAUGCGAUGCAGCAUGACUAAAUAGAUAGGUAUUUUUACAUUUUUACUUAUACGUAGAUUCUCCUUCAGACCAUGUCCAUUCCAAUUUAAAUAAAUUUAAAAUUAUUAUUUUUUUAUUAUAUUUUCUUAUUAUCUAAUUGUGAAGAGUGGGUAUCACUACGUCCCCUAUACCUUUUUAUGUUAUGUCCUCAUAAUAUUAUACAAUUAACAAUAGAAUCAAAUUACAUAAUUUUGCAAUAUAAAAUUUAAAUUUUAUGAGUAUUUUUUUUUUUAUAAAUAAUUAUAAUUAGACAUUAAAUUGAUUAUUUAAUAAAAUAAAUUUAAAACUAGACCAUGGUCUAGUUGUACAUUUAUUAUGAAUAUGUGGAAAAUAUAAAAAUUCUUAUUGUAUUUAUUAUGUGCCUACCUAGGACCUAUGUGUUUUCGCUUUUACAUAAAUAUAAUAUUUUUAUUUAUUAGACAUUUAGAUUUUAAAUCAAUAUGCUUAUUGCUUAAUAAUAAGUUAAUAGGUAGGUAUAAUAGUUAGUUUAUAAUAAUAAAACCGAAUCACGUGUUUUUAAUAUCACUAGGUAUUUAAUAUUUAGUUAUUAUUGUAAGUAAUAUAAUAUAAAUACAUAUAACAUGCAUAAUAUUUAAGUUUAUUAAAUGUAUAAAUUAAUAUAAUGUGAAAUAUUCUACUAUGCUAGGUAUUAAGCUACUAAACAACUAAGUAGUGUACAAAAUAUAAUAAUAAAUGUUGAUUUAUCUAUUUGUUACAAGCAUUGGUGAUACAAGGUGAUAUUGGUUUUCUUUUUUUUGCUUAUUUUAUAUUUUUUGUGUAAAUGUGUACCCAUCAGUGCCGCAAAAACCGGGUGUGCAGAGCGUGCCCCGCACACGGGCCCCAAGGCUUACAUACAUUUGGGGGGCCCCCGGGCCCAACCUGGAGCAGGCACUAAAAUUGUCUAAAAACGCAAAACUUAAUAGUUACUCACAAUCAUUUUUUUUUUAAGUUAAAACAUUAGUGUAGUUGUAGGUAUACUAAUAUUACUUAUUAAAUUAAGUAUGUUAAAAUAGAAUGGUAAGUUUUAGUAUAUUAUAAAAUCAAAUGGUACUAGAUAGAAUCACGUAUGUGGUGUGUACUAUGUUAGAAAAAGGUGGGUAUCAAGAUGUAUUCAAGUGUCAACGUUUCAUACUUUCUUAGUAGGUACUAUUAAUUUUUCCAUAAGAUCUAUUUUUAUCGCAUCUAUGGGUUGUUGUUUGUCGAAUUGUCAGGAGAACAACUGACUGAUACUCGAAAACGACGAGGGUUGUCGAGUGACGACGUGCCAUAAAAGUAAUGUUAUUACUUAUCAGUGUUUAUUUAUAAACUAUUAAAAUGUCGUGUUAUACCAAGAAUAAUAUCGAAACAAUAUUAUAUAAUACAUACAAUAAAAAUUAAUUUAGGAACGGGCCCAAAAAGAAUAUCGCACACGGGCCACUUAUUAUGUAGUUGCGGCACUGGUACCCAUGAUAAAGUAUGUUGAACUGAAGUAUAUUUCUACUAUGAGCUUUUUACUUCAGGCAACAGUUUUGUGAAAUAUGGUUUAUUGUUAUAAUAAUGCUGGUUUAUUGAUAUUGAUAUUGCUCUUCAGAUAAUAUGUCUAAAGACCCUGAAAUGCUACUGUGAAAUGGGAACUAUCCCCAAAUUUUGUAUAAUUUUGUUUAAUUUCUAUAGAUAUAAUGACUUGUUUUUAAAUAAUUUUGUGUUUGUCAUUAUUUAUUUUUGUAUUUUUUUUUAACUUAUUGCUUUUUAUUUUUAUAUGUUUUUUAUUUAUUACUAUACUGUUUUUCAUAUUUAUUUUUAUAUGUUUUUAUUAUUAGCAAAUAAGCAAUUUUUGUGUGUUUGAAUACAUAUUUAUAUAUAUAUAUAUAUUUUUAAAUAUAAGCAUUUAAUAUACUUUUAUUGGUUCUUGUA